AUGCAUAUGACAGAGAUAAUAUCAGCUGUGGCAGGACAACUGGAAGAUCUACACAUCGACCAGGCGACUGCAGCAGCGAUGGGUGUGUGCUCUGGACUUCGGACGCGCGUGCUGUGCCUGGCGACCGUGGCACUCGCAUGGGCAUUCUUUCCAGCCUAUGCCCUCGAUAAUGCCACCUUCUGGGAGCAGAGGGAGAUGAUGAUGCAGCUGGAGGAAACGGACAUACUUGGUCACAGCUUGAAACUCACCGAGGCGGAGAUAAAGGCGAACGCAGUGCUCAUGACCUCAAAGGCAGAGGAGAUCGGCGGCGCCUUUGAAAACAAUUUGAAUUUCCCGCCAGCGAAGAAUUUCAUGACGGUCAUUCAGGACAUCGAGGACAGCAGCGUGUUCCAGUUCAUCUCCCGGAUGCCCAAAGGUGCGGCGCUACACCUGCACAGUUCCUCCAUGGCGUCUGUGAGCUGGGUGGUCGAGGAGCUAACCUACUGGCCGAAUCUUUACAUGUGUUACACGGACGACGGGAAACUGAGGACGGUGUUCACAGAAGCACCCGACUCGUCAUGCUCGUGGCAGCUGGUGAGCGAGGUCAGGGCGACGUACCCCACGGAGGACGACUUCAACCGAGAGCUGAUGGGGAAGCUGUCCAUUCUCACGGACAAUCCAGAGG